CGUUUCCGACGAAAGGAACUUUUGUUUUUGUCAGUUGUCAGUCAGUUUUACUACAAAAAAAUCCUAAAACAUUUAUAUUUAUUAAAUUGAAGAGUAAGCAUACGAAUUGUUCAUAAAAUAGAAACAAUACAAAGAUGUCUGUAGAUAUUAACGUUAUUGGAUCGCAUAAGAUAAGAAGCAUUCCUGGGGGAGAGCAAGUGGAAUUGAAGACUUUCUGGCAAGAUCAGGAUGCUGUGGUGAUCUUUUUCCGGCGCUGGGGUUGUAUGCUGUGCAGGCUAUGGGCUAAAGAGUUGAGCGAGAUUGCACCAGUUUUGAAGAAAAAUAACAUAAAACUGAUUGGAAUUGGUGUAGAAAAUGCUGGCUCCAAGGAAUUUUUGGAGGGAAAGUUUUUUGAUGGUGAGCUCUAUCACGUUGAUGAUAUAUCAACUUAUCACACUUUGGGCUUCAAAAGAUUCAAUGUGGUGUCAAUUAUAACGUCACUAUUCUGGAAACAAUCCAGGGAAGCGAUUGCGAAAGGAAGAGGAAUGGGUCUAGGUGGUGAUUACAAAGGUGAUUGGGUACAAACAGGGGGCGCGUUGUUAGUUGAAAAGGGCGGGAAUGUGAUCCGCCAUUUUGUACAGACGGGACCGGGUGAUCAUUUGAAUAAUAAGGAUAUUUUAAAGCAUUUCAAUCUAGAAGCAGAAUAUAAAGAAGAGACAAUGGCAAAUAAAGUCCGUGAUAACAUCGAAUGUAAUACAGAAGCCAAGUGAUAAGCUAAGUGUGAAGAAUUUCCUUCCGUUUGUGCCGAUUCAUGUUAUUUGGUGCUCUAGAAGAUGUAAGCAGACUAAAGUCUAGUGGGAUAAGGUUCAGAAUCGCUUGCUUUUUGGUGUCAGGGUAUCUGUAAUGUUCGUAAUGU